AUGAUGAUGGGAACCCUGGGUGCCAUGACGGCAGGCGCUGGUCAGCCCGUCCAGUUGAUCUUCUUCGGGAACUCGAUCAACUCGUUUAGUCCAGCCACGGACCAGACCUUCGACGUCGACACGUUACGCGUCAACGUGAACAAGGUCGUGUACCAGUGCAUUGUCCUGGCGUCCGUCAUCCUCGUGUGCGGGUUUCUUCAAAUCGCGUGCUGGUCGAUCUCUGCGUCCCGACAAGCCAAGAAACUCCGCCACGCGUACGCGUCGGCCAUCUUGCGCCAAGAGAUCGGCUGGUUCGACGUGAACGAAGCUAUGCAGCUCGCAUCGCGCGUGGCUGACACGACGCUCCUGGUGCAAGAAGGCAUGGGGCGCAAAGUCGGCGACGGCAUCAACUUUUUCUUUAUGGGCGUCGGCGGUCUCGUCUUGGCCUUUUACCACGGCUGGCAACUCUCGCUCGUGCUCUUGACCUUGGCGCCUGUGAUCGGAAUUAGUGGCUACUGCAUGACAAAGGCCAUCACAUCCGCCGUCCAAAGCGGUGUCGACGCCUACGCGGAAGCCGGCGGCAUAGCGGAAGAGAGCUUGACCAACAUCAAGACCGUGCACAUGUUUAACGCGAUGCAGUCCCAAGGAGACAAGUACAUGGCUGCGUUGCGCGUGACAGAGCGAUGCGGGAUCAAGAAGGGCCUGGCCGUCGGAAUCGGGAUGGGCGUCGUGCAGCUCGUCACUUGCUGCAUGUAUGCAGUCGCAAUGUACUAUGGCGCGGUCCGCAUCGUUCACGAUCAGCUGGGAGACACGCCAUGCACGCACCACAACUGCUACGACGGCGGUCGAGUCAUCACGGUAUUUUUUUGUGUCGGUAUGGGGUCCAUGGCGCUGGGGCACGCGGGGCCAAGCAUCCAGGCGUUUGUGACUGCCCGAUCGGCCGCGUACGACAUAUUCCAGUUGAUACACCGCGAGUCCAAAAUCGACGCGUCAUCGUCGCAAGGCGCCGAAUUGCGCAACGUGGCUGGUCAUCUCAAGUUCGAGAACGUGUACUUUGCUUAUCCAUCGAGACCGGACGUCGUCAUUUUUCGAGGGGUUUCGCUUGAAGUACCUGCCGGUCAAACGAUCGCAGUUGUCGGCUCCAGUGGCUGUGGCAAGAGCACCAUCGUGUCGCUCUUGGAGCGCUUCUACGACCCGUUGAGCGGCCGAGUCACGCUCGACGGCCACGACUUGAAGGCGCUCAACGUCAAGUGGUUGCGAGACCAAAUUGGCCUCGUCGGCCAAGAACCGUGUUUGUUUUCCGACACGAUUGCCGCCAACAUCCGCCAUGGCAAACCCAGCGCGACGAUCGAAGAAAUUCAUGAAGCUGCCAAGCAAGCCAAUGCUGGGCGACCGCGGUGA